CCAGUUGGCAGUUGUCCACAUCGGUAGACGUGACACCCAUUUAAUUUUGUCGUGACAUGUCAAUGUGUGACAUAUGACGCUUCAAGUUGUCGCAUAGCACGUCCAUGCAUGGGAGAGAAACCUUGAAGCGCCCGGAUAUCAUGACGCUUGAAGCUAUUCAUAAUGGGGGGGUCACCUGUCCAACUGGCAAGUACUAGUGACAUGAGUACUAUUCUUAUGCACUCAGGCUGGCCAUGUGGUAUUGACAAUUUGAGACCUAAUUUUUUCACACCUCGACACUUGAAUCACUGAUCGGCCGACAGCCCUUAUCGUUUGCGAGUUCAGUGUAACUAAACUGACCGUUACAGGGCGUUAUGGAUCUUGGAUUGAAAGGAGUGCAUGUCCUUAUUACAGGGGCAAGCGGCGGCAUCGGACUAGAGACCGUGAAACUAUUUUGCGCACUGGGUGCGAAUGUGACCGCACAUUAUAACUCGCAAUUUGGACCGAUCCAGGAACUUCUGGCUUCUAACGCCAACCUUCAACAUGUCCAGGCGAAUCUCUCUCAAGAGGAGGCCGUGGUCGCUAUGUUCGAAUCACUAUCUACUAUGCCUCAUGGCCCAAUACAAGUGGCGAUCGUCAACCACGCUGUAUACCUCACUUCGGAUGUUCCAAUCGCAAGGAUGACACUGGACCAAUGGAACACCACCAUCACUACGAACUUGACGUCAUCAUUCCUGGUUUGUAGAGAGUAUUUGAAGCACCUUGAAAAUGCGCCCUCUGGUAUCAAGGAAAAGGCAGCGAUUGUGCUUAUCGGAAGUACUGCCGGGAAGUAUGGCGAAGCCAAUCACGGUGACUACGCUGCGACGAAGAGCGCAAUGAUGUACGGUUUGAACCUUACGCUCAAGAAUGAAAUCGUGAAGAUAGCCCCCAAAGGCAGAGUCAAUUGUAUCGCGCCUGGCUGGGUCAAGACACCAAUGGCUGAAGAAGCCUUGAAGGACCCUCAAACAGUGUAUCGUGCAUUGGCUACGAGUCCGCUUAAGAAGGUGGCCAUGCCGAUGGACGUCGCGACGCAGAUCGCGGUCCUUGCAUCAUCUACUCUCUCCGGUCAUGUCACUGGUCAAGUAGUGAUGGUUGAAGGUGGAAUGGAGGGGAGAUUGCUAAACAGACCAGAAGAUUUGGAUUUGGAGGGAUCUUAAGGCUUCCGGGUUUUCGGGCAUGGGUGCCCUGUCUGAAUUUGUCAGUGAGCUAGUCAAAGUGGUUCUUGGAGUCCCCUAUUAGGUAAACGAUUGGCGGUUGCAACGUUGAUCGCUCGAGUAUUAUGGUCCGACAGAGGCCACUGGCUGUUUGAACGCUUCAAGAAGCAAGGAGAAACGAACGUCUUCCUUCUACAUGGUCUGACUAGUAGCCACUGUAUGUAUGGAGGUCAUUGACCGUAAAGGUUCCACUCCUCAUACCGUUAACACCGCAAUCAACUAGCAAAAUGGUGAGCCGAAUGUUUUUAUCCUUCAGGUAGAGCGACAAGUGGAUCGUUCCUCCUAUUGAUAUUCCUGUGACUCGAGCAGAACUUGCUUGCAAAAUUGAACACGUUUUUGGUACAUUC